CUCCUGCUGGAGGGCCAGUCGCUAUCAGUGGGUGGAGGAAAGGGAAACUCCCUCGAGUUACCCGCCCGUGGCUAUAAGAUGAGGGAGCCCCCGAGAGAGCGGCUCUCUUUAGCCGUUGCCAUGGCCCUUCCUCCGGCCUCUCAGCAAGUGGGAGAAGCGGGCGGAGGUGAGAAAGAAGCGGGAAGUUCUGCUCCCUGAGCUCACCAACUUGGCGCCGUCGCCUCAGUGCAAGCGGGUCCUUGUGCUUCGCGCCCGCGGGAGUUGUGGAGAGGGGCUAGUAGUAGUAGUAGUAGCGUCAUGCUGGAGCAACGAGUGGCGUCGGCGGCAGAGGGGCUUCCCUCGCCUCAGCCCCGGCUCAAGCCUGCCGCAGUCCGCGCCUUCGCCUUCUAGACCCGCGGGCAUUGCCUCUGCCGCCUCGUGAGUCACUGGAGGUUCCUUGGCGAAAGCGCUUCGUUUCUUUCUGGGGCUUCGCACAGCAGCAGCGUCGGCGGCGGAGAAUGCGAGCGAGCGCCGCUGCGCCGACUUCCCCGCGCGCCUGCCCGGAGCCAAGAUGGGUUCUUACUUUGUGAACGCAACAUUUCAUUCCAAAAUAACUGAAGCCGCUGAUAUUAUUGUUGGAAUCUUCUAUAUUAUAUUUGGCAUAUGCUCCUUUUGUGGGAACAGUAUCCUCCUCUAUGUUUCCUACAAGAAAAAGAACAUAUUGAAACCAGCAGAGUACUUCAUGAUCAAUUUGGCCAUCAGUGACCUUGGUAUGACUCUGACCUUGUACCCUCUAGCUGUUACAUCCAGCCUUUCACACAGGUGGUUAUUUGGCCAACAGGUUUGCUUGUUCUAUGCAUUUUGCGGAGUAUUUUUUGGAAUCUGCAGUCUGUCUACACUAACAUUACUGAGUACUGUGUGCUGCCUAAAAAUUUGUUUCCCAACUUAUGGGAAUAGAUUUAGGAGAGAACACGGUUGGAUCUUGAUAGGAUGCAGUUGGGUCUAUGCAGCCAUUUUUGCCCUUUCCCCACUGGCUCACUGGGGAGAAUAUGGAGCCGAACCUUAUGGUACAGCAUGUUGCAUUGACUGGUAUUCAUCAAAUAUAAACACAACAGCAAUGUCUUACACGAUUGUCCUUUUUGUCUUCUGUUUCAUUAUCCCCUGUGGAGUAAUUGUUGCCUCCUAUACUCUUAUUCUGAUUACGGUGAAAGACUCCAGAAAAGCAGUGGAGCAACACGUCCUGGGACCCACCAGGAUGAGCAACGUGCAGACUGUUACAGCCAAGCUGAGCAUUGCUGUAUGCAUUGGAUUUUUUGCUGCCUGGAGCCCAUAUGCCAUCAUUGCCAUGUGGGCAGCCUUUGGGUCAAUAGAGAGGAUUCCUCCACUAGCCUUUGCAGUACCUGCUGUUUUUGCUAAGUCUUCAACACUCUAUAAUCCAGUUAUGUAUCUUAUGCUAAAGCCUAAUUUCCGAAGCACUAUUGCCAAAGAUUUUGCUGUUCUCCAACAAUUAUGCAUCAAAACUUGUUUUUGUCUCAAGCAUGUACAGAGCUGCUCUUAUAGAUCAGUUAUGGAAGUCCACUCGAAAUCAUUUAAGGGAAGACAUGAAUCCAGCAGUAACUCCAUGCAGAUAGUAGAAGGAUGUUCUUAUUUUCCCUGUGAAAAGUGCAAUGAUACCUUUGAAUGCUUCAAGAACUACCCAAAGUGCUGCCACAACAGGCUAAGCACCAUGGAACACUCUCUUCAAGAAAACAUACCCUUGGAAAAUAAAAUUGAAUCGAAUGCAAAGCAUGCUUCUGAAAAAUAUGUAAAGGUUGUUGUCCGAGGAGAAAAAAGCGGUGAGAUUGAUAGUUUAGAAGUAACAUUAGAAAACAUACCUAUGGAUACUAGGUUUGUCAACCUCUAGAGUAUGUUUAAUCAAAUGCUCCAGGUAAUAAUUUAAUUGCACCAGACUUAAUGAAUGUAAAACUUUUCUAAGCACUACCCUAUUUUUAUACAGUUAUUUUUAUUUCCUUUUUACCCAUGGGAGAACGAAGUAAUGCAGCAUAAAUAUGUUUAAAAGCGUAUUUGACUUUCAUCAUGUCCACAACCAUACCUAUGUGCAUUCAGAACAAAUUGUGUACUACUGCAUUUCAUUCGCUUCUGAUUUUUUUGAGUUUCAGAACUUAUGUCCUUUGCUUCACAGAAGCAAACCACUUCAUACUUGUGAGGCUUUUCUGCAAAGCAUUAAUCCUUCAGAUGCUUGGUAAAUAUAUUUUAUAUGCUGCAUAUUCAGCAAAAAGUUUGGUCUAGGUUGGAUUUUCUGAGUGCUCUUUCAGAGAAGGUA